AUGUCAUCAUCAUCAUUUGACUUUGAUAAUUUAUUUUCAUUAUGUGAUGAUAUUAAUCUUCAAAAUAAAUGUGAUCAAUAUUUUAUUUUACAUGAUAAUAUAAUGGAAGAAAUAAUGCCUUCAUUAUCUCAAAUUGAUCAAUAUCAAUUACAAACAUUAUCAAACAAUAAUUCAAUACAAAAAUCUCAACGUCUAAAUCUCGAAUGUCGUGUUUGUGGUGCUUCAGCUCGCGGUUAUAAUUUUGAUCAAAUUACUUGUGAAUCUUGCAAAGCAUUUUUUCGUCGAAAUGCAUUACGAGAUAUGUCUCAGCUAAAAUGUCGAUAUUAUGGUCACUGUGAUAUUACUAUUGGCACACGUCGUCAAUGUGCAUAUUGUCGAUUAAAAAAAUGUUUUGAUAUUAAAAUGCGUAAAGAUUGGAUUCGUACUGAUGAAGAAAAAAAAACAAGAUAUUUACGAAGAUUAACAAAAGAACAAAAGAAAACAAAUGAUCAACAAUCUCUUAUUACUCUUCCAAUAAAUCUACAAAAGAAAAAACAUUUAAUGCUAACAUCAAAAAAUCGAGAAUUUGUCGUAAAACCGAUUUAUAAAAUGAGUCAUUUUGGUUGUAAUCACAUUUUACAUGAUGCCGAUCGAAUAUUAUUAAAUAAUAUAAAUAAUGCUUAUCAAUUAGUAAUAAAUAAAAAUGAUUAUUCUUAUAUUAAUAAAUAUACAUCAUCAACAUCUCUUUUACAAUUUAUGAACGAUGACAUUAUUAUGUAUGAAUCAUUAAUUAAUUUUUUUAAAUUAAUACCUGAAUUUAAACAAUUAGAUAUACAUGAUCAAAUUAUAUUAAUUAAAUCAAAUUUUAUUAAUAUUAUACAUUUACAUCAUACAAUAAUACAUAAUUUUCAAGAUUGUUCAAAUCUUGGUAAACGUAUAUCUGAAUGGAUUGGUAAAGAUUUUCAUGAUCAAAUGCUUCGAACACGUCAAUAUUUCUAUCGUUUUAUGAAUUAUCCAUUAUUAUUAAAACUUACAUUAAUUGUUUUUAUUUUUAGUGUUAAUUUAUCUGCAUCAUAUGAUGAUAAUCAAUUUUAUGAAUAUAAAAAUCAAAAAAUAUUAUAUGAAUUUCAAAAUUUUUAUACCACUAUUCUUUGGCGUUAUUUAAAUUAUUUAUUUGAUGAAAAACAAGCAAUACAAGCAAUGGAGAUAAUAGUCUUGCAAAUUUUACGUUAUCAAUUAUUAGUAGUUACAUUAGAGAAUUAUUUAAGACAAAAUCCAGAUUGUCAUAAAUUUCAUUCAUUAAUACAAUCUAUAUUUGGACUUACUUAA